AUGGGCUCGCAUACCGAAUUGCCGCUGACCCGCGAAUCCGUAAUCGGCGCGCAUGAACUCAUCAAACCGCACAUUCACCUCACGCCCGUACAGACCAAUACCACGCUCUCGAACCUCGCAUCGACGCCGCAGACCGCCGAAGCUCUCAAGGGGACCCCGUGGGAAGGACAAGAGCCCGCCAAACCGAAGAUAAAACUCUUUUUCAAAUGCGAGAACUUCCAGCGCAUCGGUGCCUUCAAAGUGCGCGGUGCGUUCCACGCCGUAAAGCGCCUCAUCGAAGCCGAAGGUCUCGAAGAAGUCCGCAGGAAAGGCGUUGUUACGCACAGCAGCGGGAACCACGCCCAGGCGCUCGCGCUCGCCGCGAAGACGUUCAAUAUCCCCGCGCACAUCGUCAUGCCCAAGAUAUCUACACCGAGUAAGAUCGCGGGGACGCAGGCGCAGGGCGCGAUUGUACAUUUCAGUGGGAGCACAAGUCAAGAGCGGGAGGCUGUAGUAGAAGAGGUGAUCAAGGAUACGGGCGCAACACUUGUCCCGCCGUACGAUCAUCCGCAUAUCAUACUCGGGCAGGGUACUAUGGCGCUGGAGCUUACCGAGCAAGCCUCCUCUCUGAUAAAAAGCGAGCCUGCGCUCAGCGUGAGGGAAGGAAAGACCGGCUUGGACGCCGUCAUCGCGCCCUGCGGCGGCGGCGGCAUGCUUGCAGGGAACGCGGUCGCUCUACAUGGCACCGGCGUCAAGGUGUUUGCCGCCGAGCCCAGCUUCGAAGGUGGAGACGACGCAAGGCGCGGUGUUGCAGCUGGCGAGCGAGUCACAACUGUCAAGACGCUUACCAUCGCCGACGGGCUGCGCACGCCGCUCGGCGAGAUCAACUGGAGGUUUAUUGCAGACCCAUCAUACGUUCACUCCCUGUACUCGGUAACAGAGGAUAAUAUUAGCGAUGCGAUGCGGUUAGUGCUGGAGAGAAUGAAGUGCUUCGUUGAGCCGAGUGCGGUCGUCGGGUUGGCGACGAUACUGUAUAAUGAGGAUUUCAGGAGGUUAGUGGAGAAGGAGGCGGGAGUGGAGGGAUGGAAUAUCGGUGUGGUCUUCAGUGGAGGUAACACUACGAUUGAAGCUAUCACGAAGAUAUUUGCACCCGUUGAGGGAAAGAAGGCGGAGAGGGAGGAGGGUGUUGUCGGCAAGGAUGGGAAGAAGGUCGCGGAGAACGUUGCAGGUUGA